UCAGACGCCCCAACAUCCAAAACGACCAAUGAUCAAGCCAGAUCAAUUGAAGAAACUCGUACAAGUACACGUGGGGAUGAGGUAAGAACCUCCGAAUGUGCUUUGAUGGAAAGUAUCAAUGUUCUCGUUGCCGCACAUUUGAUGAAUGGCGCUGUCCUUGCACUUUGUUCCCCAUGAAAUAUUAUUAUUAUUGUGAUCUGUCCAAUCAUUGUUCCUGACAGUGAUCACUAGUGAAGAUGCUCAGCCAUAAGUGAAAGGACAGACUAUCACACUGAUAAAAUGCUUAGCAAUGAAUUGAGCUAAACAUGCUUUCAUUUUACCGCCUUGUGAUAAUCCACUGCUUUCUCGAUGUAUAUUGUUUUAGUAUUGCCUCAAUCUGUAGUAAAUGAAAAUCUUGGUGGUGGGGGUGGGGGGGAGACCUAAGAAUGUGUUCUGGGAUACUGGUCAACCCCUGAUCUGUUCAUUUCACUUGUCCCCCCUGCAAGAGAGGACAAUAAUAUGUUCCAGUCUCGUGAUAAUCUGGUCCAGUAACUGUUAUGCGUGUAUAAAUGAACUGCGGCAAAAUAAUAGUAGAUGCAAUACAGCAACAAAACUAUUACUUGCCUUGUUCACGCUGUUUUCUUCCUUGGCAGAGCAAACUAGCAAGAGUGGAGUGGGGGAUGACUGAGCAUGAGUCAAUUUCACUUAUUGUAGGUUUUGACAUUCUUAAUUGUCAUACAAUUGUAAAAAAAUAAGUGAACCGCUGUCGAGUAACACUGCUGCUUUGCUAGAAUGGGGGACAUUUGGAAAAACAACAACAACUUUUUAACUCAUUCCCUGCCAAUGCCGUCCAAAGACGUCAUUCACAGUCCAUCAAUUCACUUAUUGUAGUUUUUGACAAUCUUAAUUGUCAUACAAUUGUUAAAAAUAAGUGAACCGCUGUCGAGUAACACUGCUGCUUUGCUAGAAUGGGGGACAUUUGGAAAAACAACAACAACUUUUUAACUCAUUCCCUGCCAAUGCCGUCCAAAGACGUCAUUCACAGUCCAUCAAUUCCCUGCCAAUGCCAUCUAAAGAUUUCAAUGGCGUUUUUUUUAACGUGGAUGGUCUUGUGCAGUUUGUGUGUGAUCGUCAAGUCUCUGGAUAACUGCAAUGAGGAUUGGCGCCCUGUAGAGGGCAACAAUGCCUUGAGACAAUGAGAAGAGGCAAACAUAAUGGCGGAAAAGAGAGAAGACAAAACGAAACAAAUCUAAAAAAAUAAAUACAAAAAAAAAAAGCUUUCGGUACUAGAAAUUUAUUGCGCCAAGGCAAGAAAAAUAUUCCUGCGACCGACAGGAGUGACGCCUUAGAUCAUGUGGGGGAAUAAACGAUGACGCUCCGAGCCGAUCGCUUUGUUGCAAAGCUAUCUCGCAAAAGGUCUGGCUAUAUGGAGACAUCCUCCCGGCCGCUUGCCAGCUGAUCGUCUCCCGAACAGGAUUUGAGUAAAUGGGAUCCGGAAUCGUCAUGAGUGAACUCCGUCUGGAUAGCCAGCCGAGCUUCAUCACGAGCUUCCCCCGACGAAGACGAAGAUUAUGCAACCAGCAGACCUUCGACUCCCAUUCCAGUACGCAGUGCAACCAAAAAAGCCUGCUGGGAGGACAACAACGUUGGAGCUGACAGACAGGCGGACUUCUGAUUCACCUGACGUCACCGAGAUUUGUGUUAAAAAUGCUGUAAAGAGGAAGAAAAGGAAGAUGGGACUCUACAACUUUGUCCCAAAAAAGAAGGCAAAGCCCCUGAAACACCCGGUAAAGAACGCCGUCCAGAUGAGCUGUGUUGGAGUAGAUGGGAUUAUAUCUGAGAUUAAAAACUAUGGAGAAGGCUCAAGUCCAAGAAGUGAAUCUUUCAGGGAAGCACAAUUUGGCGAAGCAAGCCACGUUGAAUACGCAGAGCUGAAUUUGGACUGUCUUGAUCUAAAAGGCCAGGAGGAGCUACUUUUACCACACUCCACAGCAGUCGCUGAGGUGACAGAAUCAGACUUUGCCGAAGAGUUGCCAUUGUGCUGCUGUCGUAUCGAGACUCCUCCCUGCGGAGGCAGAUUGUCUGAACAGGAUAAGACCUGUAUGGCGAUGGAGAACACAAAUGGAAUGAGGACACCUAUCUCCCUGGAGCCCCCGAUCUUCACUACAGGGGUUGGUCUCUGCUCACGAGAGAAGCUGAAUCGUUGUCAGAGACUCGUGAUGAAGCAUGAAAUGAUGAGACCUUCCACCGCGGUCCAUUUGCUGGUUCUGUGUGAGAGGCACAGGGCCAGCAUGGUUAAACACCAGUGCUGCCCUGGCUGUGGGCUCUUCUGUAGUGCGGGUACCUUCAUGGAGUGCCAGCCCUAUGGUAGCAUUUCCCAUCGCUUUCACAAGGACUGUGCCUCUAUUUUGAAGGAUCAUAGGUUUUGCCCCCAUUGUGGAGAGGAUGCCAGUGGGGCAAAAGAGGUCACAGUACACACACCCUCCCUCCAAAGAUCAAACACAGGGCCAUCACUUCCCGCUGUACCACCAAGACCUGUUACACAGAUACUCAAGGCUAAAAAGACGUGCGAGCCACAAAGGAGUAGAGAGCUGAAUUUCAGCAGUGGCACUGCAGGCGGAAUGCCGAAUGAAUCACUAGAGAGUAUACUGAUGGGACUAGAUGAUGAUGAAAACCUGAAACCAACAAAAGUCAAUUACCCUACCAGGCAGCUAUACAUUUCUGCAAAAGAAGGAGAGCUCCAGAGGGUCAUUCAUCUCUUGGUUGAUGGAAAGGAUCCCAACUUUCUGAUGGAUGCCCAAAACAAACGCACACCCCUACAUGCUGCUGCUACUGAAGGGCAUAAGGAAAUUUGCCAUAUGCUAAUCCAGGCUGGAGCCAACCUGGAAAUGUUUGAUGAAGAGCAGAGAACACCCCUGAUGGCAGCUUGUGAAAAUAACCAUUUAGAGACUGUAAAGUACCUGAUUCGGGCUGGAGCAGCUAUUAACCACAAGGAUGUAAUGGGUUUCACCUGCCUGCAUCUGGCAUCGAAACUGGGACAUUAUGACAUUGUGCAACAUCUGCUCUCCAGGACAUCCAAGUACAUCAACUGCCAGGAUGAAGGUGGAUGGACUCCCAUCACCUGGGCAAUAGAGCACAAGCACAAGGAGGUGUUCUACCUCUUGCAGGUCAAAGGGGCGGACGUCAACAUCAGAGACAAGGAACAGAACAUCUGCUUGCAUUGGGCAGCUUUAUCGGGGUGUGCUGAUGUCACACAGGCUCUGUUGGAUGCACAGUGUGACCAAAAUGCUGUGAAUGUUCACGGAGACCUGCCAAUUCAUGUGGCUGCCAGAGAAAACCAUCUGGAGUGUGUGACGUUGUUUUUGUGUAAUGGAGUUAACCUGAAUCAGAAGAACAGGGAAGGACAAACCGCUUUAGACUGUUGCAUUAAGGGCUCAAAGGUAUGGGUGGCCCUUCACGCAAGCAAAAAGCUGAUUGAUACAAGGAGGAACUGGGAUUGUCUUGGCGAGCAGGUGCUCAUAAGGGACAUUUCUCGUGGGUAUGAGGCAGUUCCAAUAAACUGCGUGAAUGCUGUUGACAACGAGCCAUAUCCUGGAAACUUUAAAUACAUACCAGACAACUGUGUCACUUCCCCAGUGAACAUUGACAAGGACAUAACUCACCUUCAGCACUGCAGUUGCACAGAUGACUGCUCAUCCAGCACCUGCACCUGUGGUCAGCUCAGUCUGCAAUGUUGGUAUGAUAGUGAGGGCCGCCUGUUGCCGGACUUUUGUCAACAGGAUCCACCAGUGCUUUUCGAGUGUAACCAUGCCUGCUCAUGCUGGAGGACGUGCAAGAAUCGAGUUGUUCAAAAUGGAUUGAGGAUCCGACUCCAGCUCUUCAGAACCGAGAAAAUGGGCUGGGGAGUGAGAGUCAUGCAGGAUGUCUCUCAAGGGACAUUUCUUUGCGAGUACGUCGGUGAGCUCAUCACUGACACAGAAGCCAAUAAAAGAGAGAAUGACUCUUUCCUCUUUACACUUGACAAUAAGGUAGAUGACAUCCACUGCAUCGAUGCAAGACUUUUUGGUAACAUCGGCCGCUUCAUUAACCAUCUUUGUGAGCCCAACCUGUUGGCCGUGAAGGUAUUCACCAUGCACCAGGAUUUACGGUUCCCAAGGAUUGCUUUCUUCUCCAGCAGAACCAUUAAAGCUGGAGACCAGAUCGGGUUUGACUAUGGUGAUCACUACUGGAUGGUGAAGAGUAAAUACUUUAGCUGUGAGUGUGGCUCACCCAUGUGUCGCUACUACUCUGGAAGAUAGACGUCGAUGACCACAUUGAAGUACAGCCGGAGAUUCUCCACUCACUUUCUCUAUAUACGACAUGUACUAUCACAUUAUUAAACACUUUUUUCCCCCCA